AUGGAGAAGUUCUUCCUGCGACACAACGUGCUCCAGGACCGCGACUCGGACGAGUUGGGCGGUCGAGUCAACUCGGACUCGGAGGCCAGCGACGACGAGGAAGAGAUCACGGAGCGAGUGCACUCAGUGGCGGACCCAACAGGACCGUGGAGACAGAAGGCUGUGGACGGAGAGACGUGGGGGAAGCCCACGCGCGGCUUCCGCGGCGGAAAGGGGCGGGACUUCGCCUCGGCGAACACGGGGCCCAAGGGGGUCAUCAACGACUACAAGGCACACAAGCGCCACCAGAAGGAAGAGCGCUUGAGGAAGGAAGCGGAGCGUCAGGCAGUGCUCAACCGCAUCGCCAAAGGCGCCACCGUCUCUUCCACUGCUGCAACGCAGGAUCCAACUGCACAUUUGGAGUGCAAGUGUGAAGGAGGCUCGGACUGCGAAUGCGACGACAGCGACCUGGUAGACGACGCCUUCUUGGCGCAGUACGCUGAGCUGCGCGUCAAGCAGAUGCAAGAAGCGGUGAAGAAGCGCAAGGUCUUUGGACAGCUCGAGUUCAUCACACCGGAGGAGUUCGUGGCCCUCACCUCGAAGAAAGAGAGCGCUGAGCCUGGGAACGAUAUGGUCGUGCACCUUUAUCACUCGGAGAACUACGCCUGUGGUCUACUCAACACGCAACUUGAGCUUCUGGCACGAAAGCUUGUCCACAUCAAGUUCGCAGCAAUGGUGGCCAAAGAAGCAGACGCCUCGAUCGAGAUGGCAGAUCUCCCGGUGAUCCUGAUCUGCCGCGGCCAGCAGCAACAAGAGGCCGUCGUAGACGUCGCACGCCGUUUGGACGGAGAAUUCACGCUGGAGCGUGUGGAGGCAUUCAUCAGAGAGCAGCUUGGGCUGUAGACACCAAGCCUUGAAUUGCAUAGUCUCUGAUAUGAAGAAGCAUUGGAGCAAAAGACAAGCUGGUAAGGGUGUGAGUGCAACAAGUGCUGGUUAGAUUUCU